UUGCUACAUUAUACGCCUUUCCUUUUCCGGUUCUGCAUCGAAGCUGUAACCAUGCCGCUCGCUGUUGAUCUAUUGCAUCCGUCGCCCGCGUCGGAGAGGAGGAAACACAAGUUAAAGAGGCUGGUGCCACAUCCAAAUUCAUAUUUCAUGGAUGUAAAAUGCCCCGGCUGUUACAAAAUCACAACAGUUUUCAGUCACGCGCAAAGGGUGGUGGUGUGCGCGGGAUGUUCAACGAUUCUUUGUCAGCCUACUGGUGGUCGUGCUAGAUUAACCGAAGGUUGUUCAUUUAGGAGAAAACAACAUUAA